AUGUCUUUGAGAAGCCAAGAGUCGCCACGGCGGCCCGGUGGCCCCUCUUUUAAGUGUCUCAUCUUCUUAGCCAUGGUCUUGCCCGCCUCCGUCCUUGGGGCGUUGGAGCUGCAGCUGGACGAGGAGCAGCCUGCGGGCACGGUGGUCGGGGACAUUGGUGCUGGCUUGCCGCCCGGCGAGACUGCCGGCCUUUACUUCAUCUCCGACCACGAAGGGACAGGUGUUGGCGGGGACCUAAAUAUCGACGAGACCACCGGGAUCAUCACUACAGCGCGUCGGCUUGACCGGGAGCAGAGGGACCGCUAUAGCUUCAUCGCCGUCACCGUGACUGGUGUCACCAUCCAAGUUUCUGUCACCGUUAACGACAUCAACGACCAUGCGCCCCAGUUUCCUAAAAGCAAAGUGCUUCUCAAGAUCCCUGAGCACACCGUCCCGGGGACCCGCUUUUCCCUGGAUCCGGCCGCUGACGCAGACAAAGACCAGUUCACCACACAAGGCUACUCCAUCCGGGAGGGAAACGUUGGCCAGGUGUUCAGUCUGGAGACCAAGAGGGCCGCUAACAAGGCGCUGUAUCUUGACCUAGUUGUCAAUGGACUCCUGGACCGGGAGAAACGCUCCGGUUACACCUUGGUCAUAGAGGCUUUUGACGGGGGUUCGCCCAGGAGGGUAGGCUCCAUGACCCUGGAGGUUGCUGUGACUGACGUCAACGACCACACACCAGUCUUCAACCAGAGUCGAUACCACGCCGUCAUAUCUGAGAGUCUUCCCCAAGGAAGCAGCAUCCUACAGGUCUUUGCCACUGACCAGGACGAGGGCGACAACGGUCUGGUCCUGUACGAGAUCAAUCGGCGGCAAAGCGACCCUGAGCGCUACUUUGUCAUGGACCUGAAAUCUGGCGUCAUCACGCUGAACAGACCAUUGGACUACGAGCUGAAGAGAGUGCAUGAGUUGGUGGUCCAGGCCAGGGACAACGCCAGUCACCCGGAGGUGAGCAACGCUUUUGUGACCAUUCACGUGCGGGACUACAACGACAACCAGCCCACCAUGACCAUCAUCUUCCUGAGUGAGGACGGCUCCCCAAGGAUCUCGGAGGGCGCCCAGCCGGGCCAGUACGUGGCCCGCAUUUCCGUCACUGACCCGGACUACGGCGAGUACGCCAAUGUCAACGUGUCCCUGGAGGGCGGCGACGGCAAGUUUGCUCUGACCACAAAGGACAGCAUCAUCUACCUGAUCUACGUGGACCAGGAACUGGACCGUGAGGAGCGCGACUCCUACGACCUGCGGGUGAUGGCCACCGACUCAGGCACGCCCCCCCUCAGGGCCGAGUCCUCCUUCACCAUCCGGGUGACGGAUGUCAACGACAACCCGCCUCUUUUUGACCAGCGGGCCUACAGGCAGAGCAUUCCAGAGGCGGUCUACCCGGGCUCUUUCGUCCUUCAGGUCACAGCCCGAGACAAGGACCAGGGCCCCAACGGGGAAGUCCGCUACAGUCUCCUCAAAGGCGCCGACUCCCGCUGGGACUGGUUCUCGGUGGACCCGCUGACGGGGAUCAUAACCACGGCCGCCGCCCUAGAUUUCGAAUCGGAGCCUUCGCCAGGCGUGACUGUGGUGGCCACAGAUGGCGGGCGACCACCUCUCUCUUCCACGGCUCGAGUGGACGUGUUGCUGCAGGACGCCAAUGACAACACACCCGUCUUCUCCAAGAGCUUUUACAAUGCCACUGUGGAGGAGAACGCCCCGGUUGGGACCUGCUUCCUCCAGGUGUCCGCCACAGAUGGCGACCGCGGUUCCUUUGGUGCCGUUUCCUAUGAGUUAGUCUCCAGCGGUGCGGCGGCGUCCGCUCUAUUCACUGUUGACAAGGAGAGCGGACAGCUGUGCACCAGCAGCGUCAUCGACCGCGACGAUGGGCCCGGCGCUUUCGAGCUGACGGUCAUUGCUACAGACGGGGGCGGACUUAGCUCGGUGGUCACCGUGAGGGUGUCGGUGGCGGACGUCAACGACAAUCGGCCCGCCUUCUACCCAGUCCUCUAUGCUGUCAGCCUGAGUGCCCACAGUGCCCCUGGCACCUCCGUGGUCAGGGUGAUGGCCCACGAUCCUGACGCCGGGGAGAACGGCCGUGUGGCGUACCAAGUGGCGCCGGGAGGAGGGUCUUCCUUUUUCACCCUCAACAAGGACACAGGUGUGAUAUCCCUUUCACGCUCACUUCACGGCAAAGCCAACUCGAUCAUCUCCAUGGUGAUAUCAGCUCAAGAUGGCGGUGGCUUGCGCGCUUCGGUGGAUGCCCAGGUCAAUGUGAGUGUGGUGGGGGGUUCUGUGCCGUCACCAGUCUUCGAGCAGCCACAGUACUUCUUCACCGUGUCCGAGGAUGUUCUCCGGGGCACAGCAGUGGGAGUGGUCCGAGCCACAACUAAGACAGCUCUUUCCAAAGACAUUUCCUAUUCCAUCUUCUCCGGGGAUCCAGAUGGCUACUUCACUGUGGAUGGCCUGACGGGAACCAUUCGCACCGCCCUCCCCCUGGAUCACGAAACCUGCCCGAGGCUGGACCUGGAGGUCCAGGCGCGCUUCGGCUCCCCUCCCUCGUUCGGGACUGGGCGAGUGCGAAUAUCCAUCUCGGAUGUCAACGAUAACGCUCCCAAAUUCAUACCCUCGUCGUCUGAGUCCCUCCUUUUGCCCGAGGUCACUAAGAUGGGAACAGUCAUCUACCGUGUUCAGGCCUCGGACGAGGACUCUGGUCAUAACGGUCUGCUUAGUUUCGAUUUGGUGUCCACCGGGGUCGCGGGCAGCAGCGGCCAGAGGACUUUUGCCGUGGAUCGAGGCAGCGGGGAGUUGCGGUUGAUCGGGGCUCUCUCCUAUGAGAGCAUACCCCGCUACGACCUUCAGGUGGUGGCCAAAGACGGCGGUGCACCUCAGCUGAGCUCCACUUUUACCUUGGUGGUUCACAUUCAGGCACAGGAUGCUCAGGGCCCUCACUUUGACACUCUGACCUACCGUGUGGAGCUUCGAGAGAACUCACCUUUGGGCACACGUUUCCUCCAGGUUCGAGCUCUCAACAGAGACGGCUCCGGGAACGGCGGAAGUGCUUCUUCUUCCGAAAUUUCCUAUCGCCUUCGGCCGGACGGCGAUGCAGCCGGCUUUGGUGUCGCGCCCGAUAGCGGUUGGCUGUUUGUGCGAAGCUCUCUGGACCGUGAAGUCAAGGACAUGUACCUGCUGACCGUGGUCGCCACCUCUGGCCGGGGGGGGACAGGAAGGACCGGCAGUGCCACCGUCAGGGUGACAUUGACAGACGAGAAUGACAACUCCCCCAAGCUCACUCAGGACAGGGUGUUCCUGGCAGUGCGGGAAAACUUACUGGCAGGGACGGGCUUCGGAAGGGUUUCCGCAACGGAUCGAGACGCGGGACCAAAUGCUCGACUUUCUUACAGGCUGCUGCACGCUGACAAACACUUUCAGAUCAACUCACAGACAGGAGAAAUUAGCACUCGCCAGGCUCUGGACCGAGAGCGGCAGUCUAGCUACCAGUUGGCGGUGGUGGUGCAGGACAGCGGCACGCCUCCUCGCAGCGCCACCGGCACUGUCCACAUCAGCGUCCUGGACGAAAACGACCACGCUCCUAGAUUCACCCACACCCGACCCGACCAGGAGCUGAUCUUUAAGGUAAAGGAGGCGAUUCCCUCUGGGGCCGUCUUGGGCGUCGUGUCUGCCAAGGAUCCGGACGAAGGAGAAAACGGCACCGUCUACUACACUUUAACAGGCUCCAGAGCGGAGCGCUUCUCCCUGAAUGCCGCCACCGGGGAGCUCCGAACCGCCGCCCCGCUGAGGUGGGAGGAACGCGCUGAGUACGCCCUGACUGUGACCGCUGCCGACCACGGAACGCCGAGCCUCAGCUCUGCCUGCCAGCUGCGGAUACAAGUUUUGAGCUCUGCCAAAUCCUCCCCGAAGCCCAACGUGCUGUCCAUGACAUUGAAUGUGGUUGAAGGUGCUCUUCCAGGCUCCGUGGUGGGUUCAGUGCACCAACCCGAAUGGGCCGUCCCAGACGGUCAGGUCACGUACUUGGUAGUGGGCGGCACAGACCGAGACGGGACCUUCAUGGUGGAGCGCUCCAAGGGAGACGUAUACCUGGUGCAGGAGCUGGACUAUGAGAAGGGUUCUGAGUACACGCUGCACAUAGAGGUGUCGGACUUCUCCCGAGUCUUUCCCAGUAGUCACCUGGUGAAACUAAGCAUCCAGGUGCAGGACAGCAACGACCAUUCUCCGCAGUUUACGGAAGAUCCUGUCACCAUCGUCAUCCCUGAGAACCUGCAGCCAGGAGCUUCCAUAUACACCUUCCGAGCUUUGGACAAGGACGGCAGCGGUCCCAACAGUGACGUGCGUUACUCCAUGGAGCACUACUGGCCAGAGAAAGCCCACUUUCUCAAACUGGACCCUGUCAGCGGCGUUCUCACCUUGGGGGAGUCACCAGACCGCGAGACCAGUCCGUCGCUUCACCUUGUGGUCAGGGCCACUGACCAAGCAGUGGAACUUUCGCAGAGGCGUUGGGCUUCAGUCACGGCACGGGUGUUUAUCACCGAUCAAAACGACAAUGCGCCUCUCUUCUGUUCGCCGGCAGCCGUCAGCGUUACAGAAGAUCAGCCCGUUGGCUUUGUGAUUUUGCACGUGAUGGCUCGGGACACGGACGAGGGCGAAAACGGCCGGGUGUCAUACAGAAUCCAGUCCGGAAACGGCGCUGGUCGCUUCAGUCUAAACCCAAUCACCGGCUCUCUGUCCAUUCUGAAAGCUCUGGACCGAGAGGAGCAGGAGGUUUUCAACUUGACGGUGGUGGCAGAGGAUGGCGGAAGGCCUUCCCUCUCCACCUCCCAGCUCCUCCACGUGCAGGUGAUGGACGUCAACGACGAGGCUCCGCUCUUCCAGAAGACAGUGUUUGAGACUCGGGUUUUGGAGAACCAAGGGCCCGGCACCACGGUGCUGACUGUAGCGGCCGUCGACAGAGAUCAUGGGUCCAAUGGACACGUUACCUUUGGCGGUGUGACGGAGGACGGUUUUGUCAUCAACCCAUCAACUGGCGUCAUCACAACCACCAAGGAGCUGGACAAGGAACACAGGGAUCAGUACAUUCUCACCGUGUACGCCCAGGAUGGAGGUCUUCCCCCUAACUUUGCCAAGGCCACGGUGCGAGUCGAGGUUGAGGACGUGAACGACAAUGCCCCGGUCUUUUCUCAGCCGUGGUACGGGCUGGAGGUGCCUGAAAACCAGGCCCCUGUGGAGCUGUGUUUCCUCAGAGCCACAGACCCAGACUCAGGUGCUGGCGGGGAGCUGGAGUACAGGAUUACCGCCGGAGACACAGACGGGGAUUUCCAUCUCCAUGCCAGCACGGGAGCCCUGUCCACCCAGCGGGGCCUGGACAGGGAGACCAAGGCUGAGUAUACCCUGGAAGUGACGGCCAUGGACCGAGGGAGCCCGCCUCUCAGCACUGCGGUCACGGUACACGUCAGGGUGCUGGACGUCAACGAUAACGCCCCCAUUUUUGGCAAGGCCAGCUACAGUGCCGAAGUUUCAGAAGACGCUGCGGAGGGAUCACAAGUCCUAACGGUUUCGGCCAUGGAUGCUGACGUGGACGCCAACGGGAAAGUUCUGUACUUCCUCAGCCACGAAGCUCACGGCGCGUUUACGGUGAACGAGCAUAGCGGACAAAUCAGCACGUCAUUCCCACUGGACCGAGAAAAGCAAGCGUCCUACACCUUCCUGGUAUUUGCCACCGACCUUUCCCCGGCAUCGCCCAGGAACUCUUCAGCACAGGUGACCAUCACCAUCACGGACAUCAACGACAAUGCCCCCGUCUUCAUACAGGACCCGCUGGUCAUCGAGGUAUCCAGCAAGAGGUCCCAGCGGGUCUUGGCUACCAUGAAAGCAGAGGACAAGGACUUUGGGGCCAACGGCUCCGUGUUUUAUCGUUUCGCUGCCCCAGUGAAAGGCUUCAGCAUUAACUCUUUGACUGGUCAAAUCCAAGCCACGGAGCCUUUGGACUCCCUGUCCCAAUCCCAGCGGACCCUCAUCGUGGAGGCAAUGGAUCAGGGUACCCCGGCCCAGUCUUCGCAGGGGGUGGUGGUCAUCUACGUGAAGGAGGUGGAGUACAAUGGCAUUCGCUUCUCCAGGAACGCCCGGGACGUCAGCAUACAGGAGAAUGCGGCUAAAGGCACAGCUGUGGCUCAGGCGCAGGCCCAAUAUCCAGAUGGAAACCGCGAGGGGAUCAGCUACAGCAUCUUUAGUGGGAACAGACAGCAAGCCUUCAGAAUCAGCUCCUCUACAGGAGAAAUCUGGGUGCAGAGCUCGAAGGUUCUGGACUUUGAGGACACACCAAGACUGCGGCUGGUGGUCAAAGCUGAAACUCCAUCUUCCAUCUCCUUCACUGGCAUUAACUUGAUACUGCAAGAUGUCAAUGACAACCUGCCUCGCUUCCAGCUACAAAACUACGUGGCUUACAUGAGGGAGGCUCGGGGAUACGAAACACCCAUCAUACAGGUGAUGGCCGAGGAUGUGGACCAGGGCCAGAAUGGUCAAGUGACUUACUCCAUUCAAUCAUCGGGCAUGAGUGGCUUGUUUAAGAUUGAUCCGGUAACAGGGAGUAUUACCACCACAGCCAUCAUGGAUCGUGAGAUCUUUACCCAGACCAAGCUCGUAAUAACAGCAACUGAUAGGGGAAGUCCAAAACUGGCGGGUUCAGCAACUCUUACUGUGAUCAUCAUAGACCAGAAUGACAACAGUCCCACUAUUCCCCUGCCUCAAGAAAUUCGCAUCUCAGAGAACACAUUAAUAGGCACUGAGAUAACUCUGGUGACGGGUAACGACGUGGACUCUGGUCCAGCCCUGGCCUACUCCUUGCAUUUGGACCCAAGCGCCACGGGCAAAUUUGGCAUUCACCGCUUCACGGGAGGCGUUUCACUCACCGCCCCGCUGGACUUUGAGGAGAAGACUUGGUACACACUGACGGUCAGAGCCACUGACAGCCAGCACUACACUGAGGCCAACAUUACUAUCCUGGUAGAAGAUGUCAACGACAACGUACCGGCUUUCACCCAGGACCUCUAUCAGGUGAACCUACCAGAGCACACGCCCGCUGGGAGUGUGGUCGUCAUGGUAACGGCGACUGACAGAGAUUCCGGAGAGAACGGAAGGGUCACCUACAGCGUGAUGUCCUCUACUCAGGAGGGCUUCUACAUUGAUCCCGACAACGGAACAUUGUUUAUCAGCCAUCAAGCAGAGUUCGAUCCAGAACGCCCUACUGUCAAUGUGGUCAUCGAAGCCCGUGACGGGGGUUCGCCGCCGCAUUCCGCUCUUGCCACUGUCCAGGUUCAAAUUGCCGAUGUAAACGACAACGCACCUGUAUUCCACCAAUCAGAGUACAGGGCGAUGGUUUCCGAAGACACUGUCCCGGGGGUGACGAUUUUGACAUUUGAGGCCUUCGACAGCGACCUGUCCCGGGAAAACUGCGGCUUCAACUUUGCUAUUGCCAACGGCGAUGAUGGCAACGCUUUCCAAAUGGAGAAUAGCGUACACUUCCUGGAGGGCCGCGGUUUCCAAACCGUUGGGACAUUGCUCUUAGCGGAGGUUCUGGAUUUCGAAGUCAAGCCCAUGUACAACCUCACCGUGGUGGUGUCUGACCGCGGCGUCCCCCGGCGGAGCUCCAGCGUGGCAGCUGUGAUUACAAUCGGUGAUGUGAAUGACAACCCACCAGUUUUCAGCAGGGCGGAAUACAUGGUGGCAUUGAGCGAGGGAGCCGCUGCCGGGACCGAGAUAAUUCGACUGACUGCUACAGAUCCAGAUUCAACACCUAACGCGGAGGUCCGGUACGCUAUCAGUUCUGGGGAUGAGGUUGACCUAUUCACCGUGGACGAGUGGACUGGAGCCCUGCGACUUCAGCGGGCCUUGGAUCGCGAGCGUCAGUCCACUCACACGGUUGUUAUCCAGGCCACAGACGGUCAAGGACAUUUCGCCCUGGUUCCCGUGCUUGUGGAAGUAAAAGAUGUCAACGACAAUCAUCCUUUCUUCCCGGUGGAAGUCCUGACUGCAAGUAUCAGGGAGAAUCAACCGGCAAAUUCUGCUGUGACCGUUCUCCACGCUAUCGACCACGACACGGGUGUCUUUGGCCAGCUGAGAUAUUUCAUGGAGCGAUCGCACGCAGCAAAAGACUUUUCUGUGGAUUCUGCCACUGGAGAAAUCCGGAGUAAGCACCCCUUUGACUUUGAGAAGAUGAAUUCUUUCAACUUUGUGGCACUGGCAGUCGAUGCGGGAAACCACUCUGCCACUGUGACGGUGCAGGUCUUUGUCACGGGUGAGGACGAGUACGACCCACUUUUCACGUCCUCAGAAUUCUCCUUUGAGGUCCCAGAGGAUGCCAGGAAAGGUCAGAGCAUCGGCCAAGUCCAGGCGCACGACGAGGACGGAGGCGUAGAUGGGAUCGUCCUCUACUCCUUCCCCACGGGCUCUCCAUAUUUUGAGGUCAACAAAACUACCGGCGUUAUUUUCCUCAAGCUGGACAGCUCUGGGAGCAAACGUGGCAGCGGAUCUGGUCAGGGCAAAAGGGAAAGCAGAAUGAUGACCCUGGACGUGAGAGCUCACAGUCCUCUGGACGCAUCUCGCCACGCAACGGCGCGCAUCUCCAUCGACGUCACAAACACAGGUUUUGGCUUGGCCCCCGAUGUCAACAUCCUACUGAUUAUCGUUAUCGCCGUAUCACUGGCCGUGAUCGUUCUGCUGGUGAUCACGGCGACAGCGGUGUUUCUGGUCAAGUCGCGGAGGAGGAAGAAAGCCCAGAAUGGCCCAAAUAAAAUCUCAGUCUCGGGAACCGUUCAGAAGAAUCUGGACGACCGUGGUCCGGGACAAGGAGGGGAAAGAAUCUAUCACCAAGCUUUGCCGGGCUACGGUGGAGAACAGGGGAGUGGCGGGGGUCCGUACACGAGAGGAGGCUCUUUGGAUCCCUCUCACUCCAGCGGGAGAGGAUCCGCCGAGGCAGCGGAGGAUGACGAAAUCAGGAUGAUCAACGAGUACCCUCGCGUGGCCUCUGUCAGCUCGUCCAUGCAGGAGCACAUCUCUGCCAGAGGACCGGACUCUGGGAUUCAGCAGGAUGCCGAUCAGCUCUCCGACGUCUCCUGCGAGCCUGCGACUUUGGAAGGCAGCACUUGGUUCAAAGGCAAGAAACUGGGUGGCGGUCUGAGCGGGACUUUGCUGUCCGGUCAGCUACCGGUCUACAGGGACGAGGGGGGCGGCUACCUGGGAGUGGGUCGGGGCCUUAAUAUUUCCCUCCCCAAGGAUUACGCCUUCCCUGAGGACGGUAAACCGCAAGUGGACGGUUCUCUCACGGCUAUUGUGGCAAGUGACGAGGAGCUCCGUGGAAGCUACAACUGGGACUACUUGCUCAACUGGUGCCCCCAGUUCCAGCCCCUGGCCAACGUCUUCACAGAAAUCGCCAGACUAAAAGACGAGACGGCCCAGCAGAACCCCAACCUGCGCCAGCCUUUCCAACCCAAGCCCAAAACGGAGCCCAAACCCAGAAUUGACCCACCACCGCUCAUCACCUCGGUCGCCCACCCGGGGGCCAUGUCGGUGCCGCCCAAAGUCCCUACAAUAGGUCGGCCAUUCCCCCACCUGGCGUCUCUCCGCCGCUCCCCCAUCAGUCACGAGGGUUCCAUUUCGUCGGCGGCCAUGUCGCCCAGCUUUUCGCCCUCGCUCUCUCCAUUGGCGGCGCGCUCUCCCGCUGUCUCCCCUUUCGGUGUCAGCCAGGGGCCCUCAGCGUCCUUGAUCAGCACCCGGGAGCCCUCGUUGGACCGGAGUCCUGAUCACGAGAUGAGGAUAUAA